CCACCUGGAGCACCGUGGAGAUGGCAGUGGACUUCAGAAAGAGCCCAGCCCCAUCCCAACCCUCAUCCUGCAUGACUCCCCAGUUGCCACUGUGGACUCCUGCUUCCUGGGCAUCAUCAUCUCCCAGGACCUCAAAAGUGGGAGCUGAACAUCACCUCCAUCAUGAAUAAAUGCAAGCCUUCAAAAACAAGGUAGAGGGCUCAGGGGCAUCAGUGCCAGUCUUAAAGCCAUGUCUUCAGACAACAGCAAAGUUCUACUCACGCCACGUCUUGCCAGGCGGCUAGCCGCUGUCGCUUCAACAACCUCAACUCCUGGGGAGUCUCGGAGCCCUUCAGAGUCUCCAUCCAAGGAGCUCUUAUCUGGGGAACUUCAGGUGCCAUCUGAGCAGAGCCUGCCACCCUGCACACCUCCAACCUGCUCACCCAGCAUCAGUGCCUCUUCUUCAUCAUCAUCAUCAUCAUCACUUGCCCUGGAGCCAGCUGGUGAACUGCGCAGGGAGCCCAUGAACAUCUGCAACCUCAAUGCCAUCAUCAGAGACCAGGUGAAGCACCUCCAGCGGGCAGUAGACAGGUCUUUGCAGCUGUCCAGACAGAGAGCUGCUGCCAGGGAACUGGCCCCUCUCCUGGACAAGGACAAAGAGAGCUGCAUGGAGGAGAUCCUGAAGCUCAAGUCUCUGCUCAGUACCAAGCGAGAGCAGAUAGCCACCCUCAGACUGGUGCUCAAGGCUAACAAACAGACGGCAGAGGGGGCUCUGGCCAACCUGAAGAGUAAGUAUGAUGCGGAGAAGUCCAUGGUGACUGACACCAUGAUGAAGCUGAGGAACGAGCUCAAGGCCCUGAAGGAGGAUGCCGCCACUUUCUCUUCUCUGCGGGCCAUGUUUGCGACCAGGUGUGACGAGUACAUGACACAGCUGGAUGAGAUGCAGAGGCAGCUGGCUGCAGCUGAGGAUGAGAAGAAGACUCUGAACUCCCUCCUACGAAUGGCAAUCCAGCAGAAACUGGCACUCACCCAGCGCCUGGAGGAUUUGGCCUUUGAUCAAGAGCAGACCCACCGCACCCGCAGGGGCAGGUUGAUCCGCGGGAAGAUCAUCACCCCCAAAGUAAGUCCCCCGGCAUCGGCUUCGGCCUCCAACCUAACCCAAGGUUCCACUUUGGCCCCUGUCAGCCUCCCCCCUUCCGGCCUUACUAGUACUACAUCAGUUCUUCCUGAUGAUUCCACUGCGCCCCUUAGUCCAUCUGUGGUCAGUGCAGCUGCUGCAACUCUGGCUUCAGUUCUCACCUCCCCUUCGUCACACAUGCCUCCUCGCAGUCCAUCAUCCCUAGGAGUUGCCUCAUUGGCUGGUUCUCCAGCGAUAGACAGUCCCCCAUCUCUGGAGGCCCCCUCCUCUCCCUCGGCACGGACCCCACCCUCAACCCCUCUGAGGCUGGCUCAACACCAGUGGACCCUGGGGGUACGGACAUUUGUAGCUGACUCCCAGAGUUUCAGUGUCAACAUCUCCCCUGCUCUGCCCCGUGGCUCGGGCCUCUCCAGGCACUACACACCAGACUCUCAUACAUCUCCCUCAUCGACCACCACCACCAGGCCCAUCCAGCCAGGAUCUGCCCCCUCCUCUCCCUACAGGUCUUCUGUUCUGGGGCUCAGACGCUCCACAUGGAGCCCCUCACCCCGAACUCGACCAUUGUCCACCCUGACGCGCUCCUCUGUGCUCUACACUCCUUCAUCCUCCUCCCUAUAUUCCUCCUCCUCCUCCCCCUCCCCUUCGUCUUUCCACAGCAAUUCCUCUACAUACUACAGUUCCUCUCCUGCUUUUACCCCCUCUAGCUCUUACCUCACCUCUGGCACCUCCACUUCCUACAGUCACUCCACCCACUACACACCCCUUUACCCCAGAUACUACAGUUCUUACCAGCCUCGAAACUGAUCCCUUACUGUAAAUCCUUUACCAUAAGCCAUUUGAAGGCUUUUCCACAAGGCUCCUGCCUAAAAGACCCUAAAAGUGCAACUAGCAUCAUCUUUCUCUUUUCACCUCGUCGCCUGAGAGAGUGGUGGCUCACAGAGAGGAGGGCAGAGUGGUUUCCUGUUUCCCAGUUACUGUUUUCCUGUGCCUAAGCUUUGGCCAAUGGUUUCUGAAUGUUCAGUGACUUUCCUCAGGGAUUUGACAUAAGGAGCACAAGCGGCCCCAACUUACUUUUAUUCUGAGGCUGCCGAUUGGUCCAUAGGAGGAUGUUAAGAGACUUUUUAAUGAGAGUUUUUAGCAUUUAGGUUCUUCAGGUUGCAACCACAAAUGCAUGGAGUGAUUAAGACACAGACACUCAGACAUUGACUGGACACAUUGUGGACACUUUCAUACAUUCAAAUGAGGGUUAUGACAUUAAAUAUCAUCCUCUAUACUCAA